CCGUCGACGUGUAUCAUCAAUAUGUCACAUUUUACCCGACAGCUAGGAUGAGCAUCCACUUGCCCCCCUUGCCAUAUCGUCAAGCACAAAAUCUCACCUGGCAACGACAGAUACCAAAGUCUCCCUCGUGACAGUUUUGAUGGCCACCGAGCCCUCAUCACACCGAACGCUAACUAUAGCCCGCCAUGAACACCUCCACAACCUCCCUUGUCAGCACCAUCUCCUCCUCUCGCUCCUUCAAACCCUACGUCUGUGUCCUGCCAUCCUCACACACUCAUGCAGAGAAAUACAAGUCACGCAUUCACUGCCCUUCGAAACCCGCAUCACCGUUCAGAGGACUCUGCCAAAUCAAAAUAUCGAAGCCCGCAAGACCGACAAUCCAAGAACGCGAGCGAGCAAUCCAGAAGCACCAUAUCGAGCUCGAGAAACGAGAGGAGAAGGUGCUGCUGAGAGAAGAGAUGGCCGAGAAGCGGGAGUGGAGCUUGAAAGCCGGCUUCUUCGAAUUAGCGCAGGCGAAGGUUCGAGAGGCGUGUGAUGCAGCGGCAGGGAAGGAGCAAGGAAAGAUUCGUGGUAGCGCGUUCCGAAGCUGGAAGCAGGUGUGGAGGCGAAAGUCGAGUAGUGGAAGGGGCUGGGCGAAGUGGGAGGAAGGGAGAUUCCGCUGAGAAGGUCAUGUUGGGGAGGGAAGUGUAUUGUGUGAUUUGGUGAGGGGACAGUGGAGUACCAGUGUUGCAAAACUGCAACAGUGUACGCUUUUG